AGGAGUUCAAUCUCUAAAGAUCCUAACACAAAGGCUAAAGUCUUCAUCGACGAGGCAUAGAGAGACAGAAGAAAUCUUAGUUCCGCAGAGAAACACCGGUGCGGCAGCAGACGGUUGGCGAAAAUGGGUCGCAAGGAUCUGCAGCGGCGGCGUUGACGAGGAUCUGCGGCUGCGGCGACAUUGACGAGGAUUUGCGGCUGCGGCGUCGUUGACGAGGAUCUGCGGCUGCGGCGUCAUUGACGAGGAUCUGCGGCUGCGGCGCUGUUGACGAGGAUCUGCGGCUGCGGCGGUUCUAACACGACCGCAGCAAAAGCAAAGAGAAAAUUCUAGUAGUGGAAACAGCCGCUACCAGAUCUCCAGCCGGAUUCCGCAGAAUCGCACCACCUCCAGAUUUCCCAGCUUGACUCCCAGGUAUUUCAGAGGCAGACUUGAAGAGUUCAUACCCUGGAUAUGCUUCAUACUUCUAGUUCUAUAUCUGGCAGUCUUCCCAGCAAUGAAGCAACUUUUCUGCAAAAUAACAGCCUGACCUGAGGCUGCCGGAAUUCUCUCAGGUUCAACCUGCUCCUCAACUGAUUAAAGAUCAGAGAAAUAAGAAACUGCAGCCUCACCUAUCUCAGACAAUAACAAGGUAUUUCAAGAGGACAACUUUGGCAACAUUAGAUGACAUGCGUGUCAAUUGCUACUACAAUCUGUUCAAAGUAAUGGAAAGGGUAAAGAAUAUUCUGAGUAAAGAGGAGUUGCAGGAUUUCAAAGAAACUGUUUUUGGUUGGCUUGUAGAUUUUGAUAGCAUGGAUUGGGUUAGUGGACAGCUACAACUUGGGUUUGUAGGAAACUAUGUGCAGUAUGUCAAUGGGUUGAAAGACAAGAAUGUGAUGCGAUUCCAUAUCCGAAAUAGUGUAAUAAGUUUCACAAAGCAGGAUUUGGCAAUAGUCACUGGUUUAAAACUGAGUGGGGACAAACCGGUGGUGGCACAAGAGCAUAUGGGAGAUAUCUGGAAUAGGUAUUUGGGAGGCAAGGCCACAGUUGCAAGGAGUGACAUUUUAAAGGCAAUUAAUAAUUACAAGAGUACUGAUCCAUCAAGUAUGAGGUAUGAUGGGGUCAAGCUGGCACUUCUUUAUAUACUUUCACACGGGUUCUUAGGAAAUCAAACAGCAAAACCAAUGGAGUCACAUUAUUUGAAUGUGGUUGAUGAUUUAGAAGCUUUUAAAGACUACCCGUGGGGUGAAGUUGUGUGGAAUGAGUUGAUAACUGAUAUGAAACAAAGCUGUGAAGCACAACUGCAAAAAGGAAAGAGUGACAUUCCCAGGUUGCAUGAUUGCACUACAAGUAUGGGCAUUUGAAACAUUCCCAAGCUUGUCAAAGGGAGGUUUGUGUAAAGUGAUAGAAGGAAGAGAAAAUAUCAUGCCAAGGACACUGAAGUGGGAGUUUCAUAAGAAGCCUCAACUGGAACUUUUGUGUGACCUAAUUUUCUACAACGACAAGUUUGAAUGGACAGGUAUUGUUCCAGUUGACCAGGAGCUUCAUUUGAUUGAAGGAUUCAAUAUUGAUGGUCCUAGAGUGGAAGUUGAAGAAAAUGAGCAAAGAAAAGAAGGAAAUGGAGCUUCAGAUGUAGAAAAAAGAACAAAAAAUACCAAGGCUGCGGAGGGAAAAAAAUAGCAGUGAAGAAGGGAAGAACAAUUAAGGAAAAAAAUGCUGGCGAAGGCACUUCAAUAGCAAAAAAAAGGGUGUAAAGGAAAAACAAAGUGACAAUGAUAGUAAUUUUGAAGCAGAUGAAAGUGAAAAAACCACAAGUAUUGCUUCACGUACAAGACAAAGAGGUCAAAAGAUGAAAGGAAAGGGAAAACAAGUGCAACAGAUUGCCAAAAAGAAGGCAGUUAUGAAACAUACCAAGAGAAGGCCUGUAAAUGUUGCAGAAGGAAUUUCAAAAUGGAAGAGGAAGGGUGGAAAAGCAAGAGAGAGCAAGGAUGAUACGGAUUAUAAAGGAGGUGAAACUGAGGAAAGCGAGGAUGAAAGUGGAGGGAAGAUAAAUGUUGGUUUAUGUACCAAAGAAGCAAAAAUUUUAAUGAAGAAAAUCAGGAAGCAAACAACAAGAACUGCCAAAAUAAUGGCAGAUGUCAAAGAAAUCAAGCGAAGACAAGUUAAGCAAGAGGUGGUACUAAACAAAAUUCUUCGCUUUGUGAGAGAUUUGACAAGGCAUCAAAUGAAUAGGAAUGAAGGAGGAAUGCCAGGACAAGAAGAAACUGUAGAAGAGGACAAAGAAAAUGUUGAUGAGGAUAAUGAAAUGCAGAAAGGAGAUGAAAAUCAUGAGGAUGAGGAUGAUGACUUAAGUGGAGCAGGAAUGCAAGAGAAAAACCAGAAAGGAAACAACACAAAUGGAGGAAAAGAUGUUGAGCAGCCAGAAGGGGUUGUGGAGGAAGAACAGAAUAGGGAGAGAGAUAAGAGCAUUACUGAAGAAUUAAAUGCAGAGGAGGCAGAUGAUAUUGUGGUGCAAGAAGAAAAUAGGGAAGGAGAUGCAUCAGAGGACACAAAUGGAAGACAACAUGUUGAGAAGGGGAAGCCUAUUGUGCAGCAAGAUGAUAUGCCUAACUUUGAUAUAUUUUCAUUUCAAACUCAGCCAGAAGUUGAAGGAAGACCAAAAGAGAAUGAAGGAAGUACUGAGGGCAAAGAGGAAAGAGAAAAAAAUGAAAUGAACACAGAGAAGGAACAAGAUGCAGAUAUGUGGGGCAUGGGCUCUCAAGAAGAUAGUCAAUUUGUGAAGGAAGUGUGUAAAAAUGUUGAAGAGGUUGAGGAAGUGGCAUUACAAAGUACAGAUUAAGAAAAAAUAAUGCCAGAAGACACACAGUUUGAAAAUGAGCUCUGCAAACAUUUGGAUGAAGUUGAAAAAGUGGCAUUACAGAGAAAGACUUCAGAAAAAACCAAACAAAUCAUUCCUGUGGCUAAUGUGUAUAUGGGCCAUUCUCUGAAGACCCAACUGAAGCACCACCUGAGAAGGAAAUGAAGAGAAUUGGUGACUUUCUAAGUAUUGGUCUGCUAAAGAAAAAAAAGGGGGGGGGGGGUGAAAACAUAAAGUACAAGAAGGAUGAGGAAAGAUUGCAUGGAAUUCCAAUGUUGCUGGACACGAUAAAAAUUGAGUCCAAGACAUGGCUAUACAAUCUUUACUUCCCAGAUCAGUGGCUGCAAGACACGGUAUGUCACAUCAAAUCUAUAUUACAAAAUUAAUACAAUCUUAAUUAUUAUUGCCAUUAAUGUGUGUAUACAAGGAUAUAAUUAUCAAAAAACUAUAUUGCUUAUACAAUUUUUUUAUAUAUAAAAUACAGCAUAUGGACGUGGGAAUGCACUAUUUGGCAGUGAAAAGAGUUCAUUACAAACUCAAACAACAAUAUAGCACAACUGGGCCCUUUUUUAUUACAAUGCUGAGGACGCUACAUGAGGACAUAGGAAAGAACAAAGCAACUGUUCAGAGUGCAGCAGAGAAUGAUCUCAUUAUGCAUGAUGUCUUGGGGACUACAUCAAAAUUUUCACUGCAUUGGACAAAUGCUGAAUUUGUGUACUUCCCAUUAAAUGUUGGUAAACAUUGGGUGUUAUUAGUUUUGGACAUCAAUAAGAGAAAGGUGAAACUCUACAACUCCAUUUCCAUAACGGGGUAUUCAUUGAGAGAUAUCAGACCGUUCAUACCAAGCAUCAAGUUUUUGCUUCCCAAAAUCAUGGACUGCCUAAAAGUGUAUGAAAUCAAGGGAGAAGAGCCAAUGGGAGAGAGGCCACUAGAAAUUGAACUUGAAGAGAACUGCCCACAACAAAAUAAUGCGUUCGACUAUGGAAUGUAUGUCCUAAAGAUUGCUGGGUUUCUGAUAAUAGAAAUGACUUUUGAGUGCAUCGAUCCAGACCUAAUGCCUAUGUACAGGCAAAAAAUGGCAACAGAGUUGGUUUUAUACAGUGAAAGGAGAUUGGAAGAAGCAAAAGGAAUGCACCUGCCAAAGUUUAUCAAGGAUUGAAGUGAAGUGUUGAUGAUAAAUGGAGUUUUAAUGCCAAAGUUUUAAUGCCACUAAUGUCUUGAACAAAUGGUUUUAAUAUGUAAUAAGUUUGUUUUGCUUUAAGAGAAGUUCCAAAAACACCUGAAUUUCUGUGAACUUGGAUUCUGUGCUUUUGUUUUGCUUUGGAUACUGCUUAUAUGAUAUGACUGUGGUUUGUGGUUUUAAGUUUGUUUGGUAAUUUUUGUUUUGCAUUAUGAAAUACUGUCAUACCAGUGGAAGU